UUUACCACAGUGCACAGUGGCACAGUAAUACAACUGAAACAAGGGUUGAAGGGUUUAUUAAGACACUAAUUUUCUCAAUAAGUUUUGUUAGCGAUUUAUUGUUUUAAAAUGGCAGCAAAACAAUUACCAGAGGUGGCUUUGAAACUAUACAGUAUGCCUAAACCAAACAUAUUUAGCAGAGGGGUUCCAGCUCGCCUGCCUGAAGUUUACAAGAAGUUUUACGAAGAAUGGAAUACACCUUCAACCGUCCCAGUACACUACAUACCCGAAGAGGGGAAGUGGAAGAGAAACCCCGUAACUGGUGAAGUAACCCCAAUACAGAAUGUUCCCAUCCCUUUGAAGUAUCCGGCAGAGUGUAAUCAGGGCCUAUGGGGAGGGGAGGCUGUUAUUUGUGGAUACAAAAAACAAAGACAGUUUGUCCAAAAAUCAACCCGAUGGUUUGUGCCAGUUUUACAUAGAUCUAUUGUCGUCAGCGAAAUAUUAGACGUAAAGCUGUCUACAAUUGUCACAAAACGAACCAUCAGUUUAAUAGUCGACCACAAGGGUUUGGACAACUAUCUACUUCAGACUCCCGACCGGGACUUGAAAAGUUUGUUGGGGAUGAAAUUAAAGAAGAAGAUGCUGUAUGCUUUGUUUGACAAGACUUUGUACCCGGACAACCCUGAGAAAAGAGAACUGGUCUACGAUAAAUACAAACAUCAUUUGGAGAAGUACAACAGGGAAGACUUGGAGUGGUAUGCUCUAAGUCUCGGGGAGGCUGUGAAGAAGCUGAUGGACGAAGAAGAUGCUGUGGAGCCAGUGCCUCUCAAGCACCAGUUCCGAGCGCAACUCAUAGAGGAACUCCAUAGCUUGGCCAUGAAUGAUCAGUUGGAUCAGGUUGUUAGGAAUGAAAGUGAUGAGUCUAAGUCAUGGCUAACCAAGAUCAAUCCCUGGUCAAAGAAGAGUUAGGCUAUCUUGUCUGUUUGUUGUAAAUAUUAGAUAGUAAAAUGUUAAAAGUGA